GGUGAGUGACGUCAGGGAGCGGCGCCAAUCAGCAGAGGCGUCCAUCCUGAGCACCGCCAGGACUCUUCCGGCGACCACUGCAUUACCCGCGUGUGUCCUGCCCCAGUGUAAUUCCUCAGUAACCCAGUAAUCCCAGUGCACCCCAGGCCAUGGCGGAAACACAGUACAAUUAUAGUGGCGGGUAUGCCAGCGGGGGCAGUAGUGGUGGUGGGGGAAGCAGCGCUGGCACGGGAAGCUAUGGAGGCUAUAGCAACACCUCCAGUGCUGCUCCUCCCCCAGCCUCCUCCUACUCCCAGCCCCAGUAUGGCGGCUACUCGGCACCACCGCCCCAGGGGUACUCCCAGAGCCAAGCCCCCUACGCUGCCCCGCCCACAUAUGGAGCCCCGCCCCCCCAGGGUGGGCCAGGCAGCUCAUACAGUGGCUAUGGGAUGCAGCAGCAGAGUCAGCCUCCAGUGCAGCCUCCAGCGGCAAGCAGUGGGGGCUACAACAGCUAUGGUGGCCAGUCUCAGGGCUAUGAGCAGAACAGUAGCUACCAGUCUGGCAACUAUGGCCAGCCCCCUUCCAAUACUUACGGGGGCCAGCAUGCCAGUAGCUAUGGCAACCAGCCCAGUGCUAACUAUUCAAACGUCCAGCCUCAAGGGAACUAUGGUGGCCCUCCCCCACCUCAAGGAAGCUAUGGUGGUCCUCCCUCAGGGGGAAAUUAUGGGGGGCCACAGGGCCCUAACUAUGGGGCACCCCCUCCCUCGAAUGGAAGUUAUGGUGGGCAAAGUGGUGGAUUUAACAGUGCUCUAGGCAUGGCUCCUCCCCCCCAGUCUGCCCCUCCAGGCUAUGGUGGCAUGCAGGGGCCUCCAGAGAACCGGCUCUCAACCCCCACUCAUAGGCGGGAUCAAGGGAGAGGUUAUUACAAAGAGGACAGUGGUGGGAGCUACAGUGGUCGCUCCUACGACGGGAACAGUCGCGGAGGCAGCUCCGGCGACCGCUUCAGGGGUGAAUCCGCUGACCUGGUCAUGCAGGAGGACACAAUCUUUGUUUCUGGCAUGCCCACCAAUGCUACCGAGGACGACGUCAAGGAACACUUUGGCUCCAUUGGGGUGAUCAAGGUGGACAAAAGAACACAGCGCCCCAAGAUCUGGAUGUACAAAGACAAAGCCACCGGCCGCAUGAAGGGAGAGUGCACCGUGACCUUUGAUGAUCCCUACACUGCUAAGUCUGCCAUUGACUGGUUUGAUGACAAGCUCUUCAUGGGACGCACUGUCAAGGUUCAGCUGGCAGAGAGGCCAAAGAGCAAUUAUGAGCGUGGCCGCGGCGGCUAUGGCGGCGGCGACGAGCGUGGUGGUGGCCGAGGCAGAGGUGGAGGAGACAGAGGAUUUGACAGGCGUGGUGGUGGUGGUGGACCCCCAGGUCGUGGUGGUGACCGUGAUGGGCGUGACGGGCCGCCGAGUGGUGGGCGAGGACGUGCUGGUGACUGGCGGUGUCCUGUUCCCAACUGUGGCAACAACAACUUUGCCUGGCGUUACAGCUGCAACCGCUGUAACGAACCGAAGCCUGCCAGCCUUGAUGACGACAGCAACGGUGGAGGUGGUGGUGGUUUCCGCGGAGGCUUCCGUGGCCGAGGGGACCGUGGGGGCUUCAGGGGACGUGGUGGGGACCGUGGGGGUCGAGGGGGCAUGAGGGGCCGAGGAGGAUAUGGUGACCGAGAUGGUGAUCGUGAUGGAGGUGGCCCAAUGAAGGGUGACCGUGGCCCAGGAAGGUCAAGGCCCUACUAAGACACCCGAGCAGAGGUGCACACGUGUUGAGUUAUAUUUUACCGUCUAGGUUAGGACUAUUUGCAUACAGACAGAAAAAAAAAAAGUUUCUUUGUAUUAUCCAGUGUUGCUGCCCUUUGAGGUCGAGUGAAAGGCCUCGCCCUCUGGAUGUGUUACAGUGUUCUUGUGAGUGUGGUAACGCUGGGCACUAACUAGUUUUACAACAUUUGUUACCCAAGAUACGGUGUCCCAAAUCCGUACCACUUGUCCAUCCGUGACUAAGGCAUUGCUACAAAAUUUCCCUAAACUUUAAUCGUAAGACGUUAUCAUUGCCCAUUAUGCUACUUUAGAAUGUACAAAACUGUGCAAUUGCCCUCCACGGCAUCACGUAGUGGCAUUCUGGGAGACAGGGGCACUGCACCUGUGGGGGGGUUCUUAUUCUCGUAUUCUGUACCAUUAAAUCUUGUACAUUUAAGUCUGCCUUUUAUUAUUGUCAGGGGAAGGUACGUAGUGGGGUAACUUUCUGAAGUGCUGACUUUUGAUUAAAUGUAAGGUAAGGGGCGGGAGGGGGGAAUCUGAGGUGACUUUGUGGUAUCCUGGAGAAUAAGAUACGUGUAGAA